UUUUCUUCUUUUUUCUCUUGUCCACUACCUGUUCGUUGAUUUACUUGAGAGAGAGACACAAACAGAGGGAAAGGGAAAAAAGAAAGAGAGAGAGAGGGUGGUUGAGAGGACCGUGGGUGGGGGAGGAUUCUUUGAUGAAGAAUCUGUUGAACUAAUGUGAAUAAUUCACAAUUCUCAAGUUCAUCACCUUCUUCAUCAAAAUCUCUGUUAUCUUUCACUUCACCGCCUCCUGAUCUCCUUCUGUCUUUACCUUUAAUUUGGACUCAUUUCAUUUGUUUAAAUUGAUCAUUUGGGUGUUGCGUUUCACCUAAUUUUGUUUCAAUCUCAACUACCCAGAUCUGCUUUGCAGCUCAUUAUUAUUUUUUCCAGAUUUUCUUUGCUCCGAAAGAGAGAAUCAUAGAUUUUGGAGAUAUGGGUCUCUGCAUCUAGACUUAUCUUAAUCCUUUAUUUUUCUUGGGAGCUCCAGGUGUCAGAAGGCCCGUAUCAGAUCUGAGUGCCCCACCCCCAUUAGCUUCUUGGGUUUAGUCUUUUUAUCUCUCUUUCAUCCUCUCCUUGAUUGACAGCUGUUGAAGCUGUCUGUACGGCUGGGGUCCUUAUAGUAUAAAGGAAGGAAAGUUAAGCAUUUUCAUUUUUGAUUGAAGGAGAGAGAGGCAGGGAGCAAAGUAUUUGGCUUCCUUUUGGUUAUAGAUUGGCUUAAAGGUGAGCUCCCACCAAAGUUGGUUUUUUUCUUUGGGUAAGAGGGUGUCCACAGUCAUCGCCAAUUAUAGUUUGAUUACUUUGGAAGAGGAGGCCCACCGUUGGGUUUUGGUGGGCUUCGUCGGAACCAAUAAAAACCCAUCAGUUGAAAGGGGUUAUUAAAGAUCCCACUUUUGCUUUUACAAUUUGUAAGAGAGAGGGUGAAGAAGAGGAGGAAGAAGUGAAAGUGAAGACAGUUCAAGUUUUGCUCCAUUUAGCAUUUUACCAUUUGCUUUUCCACAAUUGGUCCCUCAUCAUUUAUGCCAAACUAGAAUUUGACCCUUAAGAGGAGAAUUACCCUUUUGUAAUGCUACUUUACUUGUUCAUUACUGGCCUCUCCUUUCUCUUUUUCAAGACUCUUCCUCUCAAACCUCUCCCACCAUGGGCUUGUGAGAUGCGCUUGUUGUCCCCCUGGUUUUGGAAAGAAUUAUCAUUCUUUACCAUAUCCAAGUUGACAAAGAAGAGCUUUUCAAUUUUCUUUCUUUCUCCAUUUCCUUCCAAAAUGUCCCUCAAGAGGAAGCCUCUGUCUCUUUCUGCUAAAGUUGAGAAUGUUGAAGAAGAAGACACACCAGAGAUGUCUGUGUUGGACUUGCCAGAACUGGUCUUGGAAUGCAUACUUGAGAGGCUUCCUCCCGACGCGCUUUUUCGAAUGACAGGUGUUUGUACUUCUUUGAGGGAGAGAUGCAGGAGUGAUCACCUUUGGGAGAAGCACAUGAAACAGAAAUGGGGCAGAGUUAUUGGCCCUGCUGCCUACAGGGAGUGGCAGUGGCAUAUUGCUUCCAAAACCGAUUUGGUUGAUGUCAAGCAGGGCAAGCAAAAGGGUCUCAUGAGAAUUCUAUCUCUUGGUUGGCCUUUCUCAUGGAUUAGAUCCAGGGUUGAUGAUCAUAGCCAGCAGAGGUGUUCUUUGCCAGCUGAUUCCAUCAUGUCUUGGUACCUUGCUCUUGAGACUGGCAGGUUCUGGUUCCCAGCUCAAGUCUAUAAUCGCGAGAAUGGACAUGUUGGAUUUAUGUUGUCAUGCUAUGAUGCUGAAAUUAGCUAUGAUCCUUGCACUGACACCUUCCAAGCCAGGUACCCACCACAUGGAAGGCGAGCAGUUGCAAUUGAAAACGGUGUGCCUUGGGAAAGGCUUAGAGCACCACCAAUCGAGACUCCCCCUCAUGAUCUUCAUAUGUCUGACUGUUUGAAUGAGUUACAGCCUGGUGAUCAUAUUGAGAUUCAAUGGAGAAGAAACAAAGAAUUUCCUUAUGGUUGGUGGUAUGGUGUUGUAGGUCACCUAGAAUCAUGUGAUGGAAAUGAAAAUUACUGCCUUUGUCAUAUUAGUGACACUGUGGUGCUGGAGUUCAACCAGUACACGCAUGGAUCACGGUGGAGAUGCACAAACAUCAGCAGAAGAGACCAUCGAGAGGAGGGAAAUGAGGCAGAUGGGUUUUACGGGGGCAUCAGGAAGCUUAGAACCAAGGAAGAGAUUUCCACAUGGAAGAGACUUUGGCCAACUGAAGUCUUGGAAUAAUGGUACGUGCCAAAUUUUUUUGUUGUGAUAUCAUCAUCAACAAUCAAUCCAAUUCUUGAUCCACUUGCAUAACCGAAACAAGUGGAUGCCUUAAGCUGGAAGUUUGCUUCAGAUUCAAUGGACCGCAUGGAUGUGGAGGCCAUGAUGUUUAGCUAUACCCAUUUUAUUUUACUAUUUUUUUUUUCGUGGGAGGUUUCUAGGCUAUUUUAUGGAAUUCUGGUCCUUGUACAUGACUCCAAUUAUUGUACAAUAACUUAUCCCACGAUAUGUAAAAUUUUAGUUUAUAAUUUUCAUUUGGAGGUUAUAGAAAA